AUGAAAGUACUCCUACCAAGUUUCUUUUUAACAUACGUUCAAUGUGCGAAUAUCUUAUUCGUUGGAUUUUACCCAUCAAAAAGCCACCAAGAAAUCUUUCAAGCGAUUUGGACUGAACUAUCGUUACGCGGUCAUAAACUAACCGUUUUAUCUCCGAAUCCAAUUAAAGAUCCCUCUUUGGUAAACGUGACGGAAAUAGAUUUAAGCGAUGUUUAUCGAAUCGAAGGAACUAAAAAUACGCCGUCUUUGAGAUCGAAAGAAUUCGCCACUAAAGACGGUAUUGCAAAACUAUUUGAUUUUAUGGAGACGAUAGUCGAAUACGAAUUGUGUAACCCGGAUGUAAGAAGCUUAAUAGUUGACAAUAGAAAAGAUUUUGAUGUAGCGAUAAUUGAAAUUCAUCAUCCUGCUAUGUUAGCGUUUGGUUAUAAAUUUAAUUGUCCGGUUAUUGGAAUAUCAUCGCUUGGAAUAUUUACAAGCGCAUAUAACGCGAUGGGAAAUCCGAUUAAUCUCGGACUAUAUCCCGAGUUAGCGUUUCAAAAACGAUUAAAUUUAACAUUUUGGGAAAGACUUCAAAGUACGUAUGACGGAGUAUGGUUUAAAUAUUUUUAUGAAAAUACCGUGAUGUCAAGAGCAGACGAAAUCGUUAAAAUGCAUUUUGGACUGGAUACUCCGUAUAUUGGAGAUUUAGAAAGAAAUAUCAGUUUGUUAUUGUUAAAUAUGGAUCCGAUUUUUUAUACUCCCAGACCAGUUUUGCCGACCCUUAUUAAUUUGGGACAUAUUUAUAUUAAAUCUGAUCAAGAAUUGGCUAAGGAUUUCAAAGAAGAUCUUGAUGAAGCAAAAGAAGGCGUAAUUUACAUAAAUUUAGAAUCCUCAAUAAAAUUAUCAAACAUGACCCAUCCACUUCUUUCAAUAAUAGUAAAAGACCUCUCCGAUCUUCCUUAUAAAAUCGUGUGGAAAUGGUCAUCGGAAUAUUUGCCCGGACGGCCAGAGAAUGUAGUAAUAAAGAAGUGGAUUCCUCAACAGGCCUUGUUAGGUCAUAGAAACGUUAAGGCGUUUGUAACGCGAGGCAGUUUAUCGUGUAUUGAGGAGGCCAUCAUGAACGGUGUUCCAUUGAUCGGGAUUCCAUUCGCAGAUGACCAACAUAUUAAUGUCGAUGAUAUGGUCAGGGUUGGAGCUGGAUUACAAUUGAAUCCGUUUAAAUUGAAAAGAGGUCAAUUGAGAAAAACCAUUUUAGAAGUUGCAGAGAAUCGAAAAUAUAGAGAAAAUAUGAUAAAAGUAGCUAAGAUAAAAAGUGAUGAUUUUAUGACGGGUGUUGAACGAGCAGUUUGGUGGACCGAAUAUGUUAUAAGACAUAAAGGAACGGAUCAUUUAAGAAGUCCAAUUCAAGAUGUUCCGUUGUAUCAAUACUUUCUUUUGGAUGUGAUUUGUUUUACUUUGGUUGGGAUUUUAUUGAUUUUAUGCACUUCAUAUAAAGUUAUGAGUAUCAUUUAUAAUGCACCGGAAUCGAAGAAAAAGAAGAAGAAGAAAUCUAAGAAGAAGAAGAGGCGUAACAACUUAUUAGAAUUAGUCCAAUACAAUAACGAUCUUAUAUUAAUUUAAUUUAA